CUAGUUUAAAUUAGUAGUGAUUUAACUUUAGAUGUUGUAUUGAUUUUAUAAUAAUCCGUAAUGAUUUUUGCUAGUUCACCUAAUCCCAUCCCGAAAGUACCACACUGCCCCUGUCCGACCACCACUUCCUUCUCAAGUUCUCAACCGUCUGGGGCGUGGGGAGAAAGUUGUAACCACGUCAACGGUGGUGGAGGAAGAGUCAUGGCCACGUGGCGUUCGUGGGCAACGACGUCGUACAGCGUACAGCUAGCGGUGAUAAUUGGGCGGGAAGCACGAGAGUGGUGUGAUGAUCUCGUCCGUUCGAUGACGUGAUUUGCUGAUUCCCCCCACCACUGCCCUCCGGCCAAUCUCCGCCCUUCACUUCACGUGCACAUCUGACGGCUCUUAUUCUCUCAACCUCUCAUUCACUUUUACCUCAAGAUUCGCACAUAAAACAAUUCACGACGCGGUAAAUAUAUAGGCCGAUCAUGAUCAUGCAGUUAUGUUCGGCAGCACCUACGGGUUUUGGAUAUAUUGUACUUAUAGUGAUUAGUAUUAGUGCUAAUUACUUAAUUAAAGAAUCACAGCUACGUACUCAGAAAGUGAUAGUGUGUAGGUAAGCAGUUGAAGGGUUCAACGUGGCCCCCACCAAUCAUUCAACGGAGCUCCUUACAACGCGCGAAUCGGGGGCUCUCUGUUUUACUACGCGUCUUUUGUUAGCUCGAUCCAGGUUAGCCAGAACAAGAACAUUAAUACGAUAUAUAUUUAGUACGAAACUAAGAACGAAAAUGAAAGAAGCAUGUUCCUAUUGUUGCUUUCUUUGUUUUUUUUUUUUUUAUAAUUUCAUCAUGUAUUAUCCGAGUGUUUUUAUUGGUAAGUACGUCCAUGAUACAGCAAAAAGUGUAGUGUUGUCUGUUGACUCCUUCAACUGUUACGUAAUACUCCGUCUGUCUAUGUUGAUUAAUUUAGGGAUUUAGGGCGCAGUGUAAACCGAUUCUAUUGUCAAUUUCAUUUAAUUGUCUAAUAAUUUAGUUGGAAUUAAAUAAUUCAAACAAUAAUCGGGAUAAAAUACCUCCAUAAGUUAUAUUUGCAACAAAAAAAAAACUUACGGGAUACAUUUGUGUAAUUGAUACUUAAAAAAAUAAAUACUCAUCCAUGAACCUUACAUAAUAAAUAUAAUUUACGCAAAUGUUAUAAGAACAAUAUUACAUAAAUUUUCUCCAAAUGUGUGAUCUAACAGACUACUACGUAGAAGCUAAUUUACUUCGCAUAAUAUAUAAUUUGUUUAAUUGGGGCAUAAAGAAAUAAUAAGGAAAUGUACGUUCUACUUAGGGAUGAAAAAAAUAUCCGUAACAGGUGGAUAUCCGUCCGAAUCCAACCUAAUUGGGUAGAGUAAAACUCGAACUCGAAAGACUUUUAGUGAGUAUAGGUCAAACCCGAACUACUUAAAUAGUACAUCAGAUAUGCACUAUCCGCACCCAACCUACUUCACUCCAAUCCGUAAUUCUUCUACUUAAUCAGAAAUAAACAAAUGUGGCCCCGCUGUGUCUCUCCCUCCCUCCCUCGCCAAUUCUCAAAUGUGAUUAUAUAAUUUGAUUUUCCCUCUCUCUCUCCAAAUCAUUUUCAUUUUUUCAGUUUCUGCAAUUACACUUGGCUGUCUUUUCGUUUGGUUUCCAGCCUGCAUCUUGCAUUCUUGUGUAUAUAUAUAAGCAAUUAAUAUACAUGGAUCCCCGGUAGAAAUUAUCCUCCUCCCUCUCCCUCUUCUCUCUCUCUCUCUAAGCCGGAAAAGAAAGCCCAACAAAUAAUUGAAGGAUGAAAAAGAACCCAAAUUGCAACAAUUCAUCUUCUUCCUCCUCGCCUUUCCCUUCUCCAACCUCCGUCCUUCCGUCGCCGCUGCGGCCGGGGCAAGGCAUCGGCAGGGAUUCACGGAUGAUUUCCAAGCCGCCGAAGAUCCGGAUCAUCCACAUAUUCGCGCCGGAGAUCAUCAAGACCGACGUCGCCAACUUCAGGGAGCUCGUCCACCGCCUCACCGGCAAACCCACCCGCCUCCACCCGCCGCCAGAGCCAACGCCCCCUCUACCGCCGCCGAUGCUAGAGUACGACGGAGGUAGAAACCACGACGACGAGGAGGAGGAGGAGGAGGAGGCAGGGGCGGCGGCGGGUCAAUACUCCUGUGGUUUUAGCGGCGAAAACUACGGCAACAACGACGACGACGGCAGCUCCUUGCUGUUCGGUAGCGGUAAUUGUUGCGGGGGAUUUGGGUUUGAGUUUCUGUCGGCGAAGGAGAGUGGAACUACUGGGAGGACAGUGAAGGCGGAGGAGGAAAAUGAGAUGGCGCUGUGGAUUAAUAGUGACCGAAAUUCCGGCGACGGCGGCGGCGAGGUUGGGGGCGGGACGUGUUUUGGGGAGCUGGACGAUGGAUUUAUUGAGGAGCUUGGAGAAUUCCCACUGCUAGUGGAGCAAAACCAUCAUCAACAACACCGUAAUUACAGCCAUCAGCGUCUUAAUCACCAUCUUCAUGGCUUCGGGUCAGAAGCUACACAGUUCGUCUGAAUCAUCAUCAUCAUCAUCAGCAAAACUAUUAGAGACUAAUUUUCGUGACUGGUUGAAUUAAUCUAUAUAGUUUGAUCUAUUAACGACAGUUUAAUUCAUUAAUGUUGUUUCUUGAGUGCAGAAUUAGGGGGGAGUUUUAACUUUAGUCUUAUAUAUAUGCGAAAGAAGUGUUUCAGAUUGUGUCCGUCUGGAAUAUAUUAUUAAUGUGAUGUAAUUUCAUUCAUUAAUUUGUUGUUUUGUGCUACCGCCUACACUAUAUAAUUAAUGUUCUGUCUGUUUUCUAUGUUCGUUGUCUUGUGAAAAAAAAGGGUGUCUCUGUUUGAUAACAUUUGUAUGUAUACAAACUUGUGUCUCCCUGUAUGUGAUCAAUUGCUACGUAGUACGUACUAGCUAGUAUUAUAUUACCGGUAUGGAUGGAGUUUGGCAGACCAAACUAGGGAUGAUAAUGGGCGGCAAAAUCAUAAUUUUAUCCAAAUAUAGUUUGAGUUUUAUUCGUGUAUAAAAAAAUUGGGUAGAAUAUCAAAACUAUACUCAUAAAUUUUUGGGUUUGAAUAUCAACAGUUAUAUAUUGGUAAUAACUAAUAAUCAUGUUAACAAUUACACAAUGUCUGGGACAAAAAAUGAACAAGUGAAGCAAGUAAGAAAAAUCAUCAGGUAACUUCUCUUAAUUCUUCUGAGUUCUGACUAGUGACUAUGCAUAUCAGUUUGUGAACCAAAUCCAUGAUAGUAACACCAACGCCAGGGAGUGAAACUGAAACUACUCCAUUUUCUUCAUGCAAUGAUCAAAAAUUUUAUAGGGUUAGGCUACGACCGGCUAGUACCAAACGAGUAUUAAUGGGCAACUUGUGGGUACCAAUUGUAUAUUUCUUGAUCUCAACCAUUGUGGUAAAAAAAAUUACACAUAUUUGGAUAUCCGUAACCCUAAAAAAAACGGGUAUGAGUAUACCUAAAUUGUCGUUGCCCACCCCUAAUAUUUAUAAUUCGGCAAGUUCGGAUUGGAUAAUAAGAUAACCAUGCUCUUUCAUCAUCCAUAAUAUUUGAAUUUGAGUUUUACUCAUUCCCGUUAAAAAUCCUUUGGGCCAGCUGGCAGCUAGUGACCAAAAGCAUGAGAGGAGAAUUAAUUAAACUCUCUCUGCAUCACUUUUUCCAUAUUCAUAUUACAAAGAUGAAAUUACUUUUUUUUUUGGUAGGAAAUGAUGAAAUUACUUUACUUGCAAGUAUACAACAUUUUCAAUAGAUUGCUAGUUAUUCUACCAUUAUUUAAUUCGGAUGAUUCAUUAGCCUAUACGUAAUCCAUCUCUCAGAUUUAUCUUCGUAUUUGGAUGCUUAAUUCGUGUAUAUUUUCUUAAUCCCCCUGUGUUUUAAUUUAUAUUUUACAUUUCAUUCUUCUUAGGAUACGCGCAGGCAGGAUGAUGAUGCAUGAGGACUGACUCAUUUGAGAAGUUGACAGAUUAAUUCAUUAUUAUUAAACCCUAAACCAAUAAUUAAUUAACAACAACAAUAAUAAUACUUAAGUCCAUAUGGGGAGAGAUGGACGACAGACACUAAUCCCCCACGUUUAAGUACUCCACCAACCAGAGAACCGCAAGUCAACUUUUACCCCCUUUUAUGGAGUUUUCAAGUCGAGCCCAUAGGAGAAAGAUUUGGCUUAAUAUGAAGAAGGAAUGAGUGGCGGUCCAAGCAAUGUGUCCAACCACCGCUAUCCUAAGUUGCAGCCCAAAUUGUUAGGAACAGAAGUUCAUGGAUUAGAAGGCCCAACUCGAGAAGAAACAGAGCGACAAGUC